AUGAUUACCAGCGUUGACAUUCAGUCACCUCUUCGGAGAAGACGGUCUCGAGUGGUGGGGGCGGGGGGGAAGGCUAAAGGAGCUCUCGGUGCAGGCAGGAACGCGAAACGCAGGGACCGCGACCGUUUCUCAUGCAUGGAGGAACACCAUUACAGAACGCAUCUUUUCUUCUCAGCACCAAGGGCCAGUACACAGUACAACGAUGGCUCAGAACGAUGUGGACCAGUUCUCGGUGGUGGUACCGGUCCCGAUUUGGAACCCCCUCAGCCGCUCGUCACGCGGGAACCAUCUGUCUCCUUACUGCGAUGGGACAGACCUGCGACCACGGAGCGCCGACGGACGGAACCGGUGUCCCUGGCGACCCUGGAGAGAGACUGCUUCGUGAUACCGGCACAUGCCCUCGAACGGUUCCUACCUGAUGGCGUACCGCUACCAGUGCCUCCUCCUACACCAGAAAAGGGCAUGGCAACAAAAACCGCGCCGAGCUCUCUCAGCGUCCUCGAAGUAGCGGACCCAAAGCUUUGCAUAUUAGCUCAUCUCAUGAGCCCCCUAGAACCUAUAGAGCCUAUAUUAGAAUCUCCACUUGCCAAACCCUUGGCCAGACAGAAAACAGCCGCUGGCGAGUUAUUAAAUGACGUCGCACAAGCGAAUACCGCCGUCGGUGGUAUGCUCCUGGCUAACAUGGAAAAGAACGCAGAAUUUCCAUUCAUAUCAUACUAUGUUAUAAACACUACGCAAACAGAUCCACUACUCUUCUAUAAUAACAUGAGAUGCGCUUCAUUAUCCAAGUUUGAUCCGAAAACUAUACGUUACUCAGCGGCGCACACUUUAGAUUUAUACAGCGAAGUGGCGAUGAUAUGCCGACCUCCGUUCAAUGACUUAGCUGGUGGACCGAAGAAGUCCCACACCCCUGGCACUGGAUUUAUAAUUAGUGUAUACAAGGUAUUCGAGGGUGACGAUGGUGAGCGUUUCGAGAGAAACUGGCUGUACUGGACUGGCGCAAGGAUGCUUUACCGACAUCUGCCUCACUCCGUGGGCAUGAGGAAGAUCGCCCUUCACAAAUCAGUGGCCACGCACGGCGACAAAAUGUACCUCCUCGUCUGCGAAUGUGCUAAUCUGUUAGAUGACCUCUCGGGCGCCGCUAUGUUAAUUACUGCCUUACGGGCCAGGCUGUGUGGUUACACUGGGCUGUAUCGACCCAUACAGACUUUUUAG